AUGGGUAGCGAUGUGACAAGCGCGACCAAGGAGUCCUUCGGUCAUUUGGUUCGAGCAGUGGCUUCUCGGAAAUCUGUGCUCUCGUUGGUUCACACUUACAAAACUACCGGUGAAAAGGCUGUGAGCUUCCGGAUUACUACGAGCAGCGGGACGUCAACACCAGUUCAGUUCACAGAAAACAUUUCCGUCCAGCUUGGCAUCGAUAAGAUAUGGAUUGAAGCAAAUCGAUAUCAAAAAACCAACGAUGAUGUCUCCUUCGAAAUACAUGAACAUACAGGCCAGAAUGUUACCUACGAAUGGAAUUUCGGAGAUGGCAACGUUGUAAAUAUAACGAGUCGUCAAAUCACACAUAAGUACGUCCAACCGGGUUCCUUUAACAUCACCGUCCGUGCCUGGAAUCAACUGAGCAUAAAAGAGAACUUCACCGAGAUAAUCGCCGAGGAGGUGAUUAAAGGUCUUAAUCUUACAGGUGAACCAGUAGCAACGACAAAUCCAGCAAGCUUUUGGCUCGACAGAAGCAGCGGUUCUGAUUUCGGUUGUGAAUUAUCAUUCGGUGAUAAAAGCCCACCAGAAAGCCUUAAUACUGCAGCCUUCCCUGUCGGAGGAAUAGAAAAAGUUCACAAGUAUAAAGAACAGGGUACCUAUAACGUCAUAUUAACAUGUUACAAUAAUGUGUCUCAGGACAGUGUACAGCUAAAACAGGUCGUCGUUGAUCCAAUUACAGACCUAAAGAUGGUAGAAGAAGGAAUCCUGAAAGGAGAAAAUAAACAUUUGAAUUUCUCUAUUGCUACUGGUUCAAUGGCUUCGUUUACUUUAACGCUUGAUGGCACGCAAAUAGACAUUGACUACAACGAGAAAACAAAGAAAGGCAGUACGGUUAAAAAAUUUGAGUGGUCGCAGUUGGGAGUUCAUAAGAUCGUCUUGACUGGUUCCAAUGCCAUCUCAAACAUUACGAUCAUGAUCGACUUUGUGGUUGAACUUGAAAUCAAAGAUGCCGAAAUGGUGGUCGUAAAUAAUAAAAACAAGAUCAAAGUUGACGAGAGUGUUACCUACGAGGUUACAAUGCAGGGUGGCACAGGCGUUCACAUCGAUUGGAUUUUUGGCGACGGUCAAAAUCAUAGCGUUGCUAACCCUGACUCAGUUGAGUGGGCUCCAGGUAAGAAAGAAGUGAAAACGCACACCUUCCACUUGGCCGGUGAAUAUGACGUUCAGGUUAUCGUUUAUAACAAACAAAAAAAGAUCGAUUUCACGCACAAGCUGGUGGUUCUGGCUCCCAUCGAGAAUCUGACUUUAGAGAGUGAUAGUCCUGUCAAGUACACACCGCCUGGCCUGGUGAGUCUGGUGUUUAAACAGAGCCAAGGACAGAAACCGGCCGGCGCACUGAUGAAUAUCACUUACGGCGAUGGUAAAUCGGAUAUAAAUCUUCCAUUCGACUUGUCCAGUAUUUACCAGCAUACUUAUGAUGAGAUUUCUGUAUAUACAGUCAAGGCCAAUGUGGCUAAUGAAUUAAGUGGAGUGACGUUGACGACUACGGUCAAUGUUGUUGAGCCGAUUGAAGGCAUUUCCAUCAAGCCCGACCCACCACAUGCUGCGUUUGAUGAGCCCGUCGAAGUAUCGGUCUAUAUGUACCGUGGUGGAACGGCUGAUGUGACAAUCACGUGGGACUUCGGCGAUGGCCACGUCGAAAAGACAAAAAGAACAGGUGUGAGUCCUGAUAUACCAGACAAGAAAUCCCACACCUACAAGACCGUUCAGAACUACACGAUAACCAUUUCUGCAGAAAAUUCUUUGGGGGUCGUCAAUCAAACUUAUGAAAUUGCAUGCCAACACCCGGUACUAACAGCAACAGUGACGUCAAACGCUCCAGCACAGUUUUAUGAAAACAGCUCGAGCAGAAUUGAGGCAUCAAUGAAAUAUAUUGGUACCCAGCCGACGGAUGCCAUGAUGUACUGGGAUGACGGUACUGGAGACGCGACGAGCAAAAAGUCUGUGAAACCGUUCAAGUCAAAGGACGACGUCUCUUUGGUGUAUCACAAACCUGGAAAUUUUGAAGGGAAACUGGUUAUUUACAAUUUGGCAUCAAAGAAGGAAUUCACCUUCAACGCGGGGGUGUUCAAGAAAAUAACACAAGUGGACGUUCUUGUGAAAUAUACACCAAGGUUGCCUCUCAAUUCUUCUGACAAGUCUAGUAAUCAGAACCUUUUACCAUUCGAUCGCCCGAUAAGAUUCCAUGUGACUUCUGACGGUACUGUCGUGGAAUACGAAGCUGUUCUGAUGAAAGAUGGGAACACAUACUACUGCAACAGCACAAAUAGUCCUUUUACGUGUGAAUUCCCAGAACCUGGGAAAUAUGAUGUAAAUAUUACAGCAAAGAACAAUCUUCCAUCUGCGUCAAGCCAAAUUGUCACCGUAGAAGUGGCCAACAGAUUGACUGACAUGAUAGUGAAAAGCCCUACUAAAAGUCGACUUAAUGAACAAGUGAACAUCACUAUUACUUUACCAUCUAUGGGUAAUAAGACCUGCGUGAGUGUUGACUUCGGAGAUGGUAGCUCCAUCGAAUACUUUGGCUCUGAUGUUGGGUGUUCACUUCUUAAGCUGGACACUAUUGUACUCGCGGGAAAAGCCGAGAAGACUAUGAAACUAGAACACAACUUCGCCGUUGCUGGGACGUAUAACAUUCAGUUUCUGGCUAUCGACGGUUUUGGACAAUUUCACCAAGAGAAACCAAUUGUGGUCUCCGAUGUCGCGUGCAAACCACCAAAUAUUACAAUCAGAGAUGCCAGUACUGAAUUUGAGAAACCGGUUAUCAUGAAGCGGCAUAAACAGAUUCGAAUCUUGACCAAAACGAAAAUCACCUGCUCUCAUACAAGAGACAACGUAAAACAAUGGGCAAUUUAUACCGUAAAUCGUUUGACUGGUGAAGAGACAGGCGAAGUGAUUGACAUUUCGAAAAACCCGUCAGCAAUAACGUCCGAAUUGGCUCUCCGGCCGCGUUUCCUGGCUCUCGGCCUCUACAAAGUCACCUAUACAGUCACAAUGGACCAGUCGAAAUUCCCGAAUAAAGAAAUAUUCCGUAGCACGGCGUUUACUUACGUUGAGGUUCAGAAACCCGAUCUCGUUGGUAUAAUGGUAAGAGGCGGUUCCUCAGAGAUACUGUGGGGUCACAACACCACGUUGACGUUGGCUCCGGCUAACUAUUCUUACGAUCCAUCCAUUCCAAGAAAUGAUGAUCAAGGUUUCACAAAUUUUACCUGGUUUUGUAAACGUAGUGGACAACAACACGACAUGAACGCCAACACUGGACCUGCUGGUGCGGAGUUUUCCGACAAAGGAGGCUGUUUCGGUCUCGGUCCUGGGAAAAUCGAGUUCAACAAAGGCAUCAUUUCUUUUUCUACACAGUGGAUGAAAAUCAACGAGACAUACGACAUAAUGGUUAUCAUCCAGAAAGAUAUUAGAAAAGUGAACGUCAGUAUAAGUGUGAAAAUUGUUGAAGGUAUUCCAGGAACGGCUGUUAUCACUUGCUCCCCUGGUCUGUGUUCCCAGAUCUCAUCAGGACAGUUGGUUAACCCAUCGGCUCGUCUUGGUCUGUCGGCAGAAUGCACGGACGGCUGCACAUCUCCCGAUAGGGAACUGAAGUACCAGUGGGAACUAUUCUAUUUUCAGUAUCGCUGGAACUGGAGACCAGUUGAAAACAUAACAGCUUACACAAAAGGUCACAAGACCAAGUAUAUGGCAGUUUUGACGAAUAUCUUUAAAGAUUUCUAUCCUGCGACGAAAUUCCGUGCCAAAGUGAUCAUUAUUGAUGAAAAGGCUGUGACGAGAGCAGAAGCAGCAAUGAAUUUCAUUGUAAACCAAGCCCCAAUCAAUGGAAGCUGUUCCAUCACACCUAAAGAAGGGCGUACUGGGCAAGACUUCUUCAAUUUGACCUGUUCAAAUUGGUCAGAUGACCAAAAAGUUGCAGAAUACAUGUUUUAUGCAAAAUUUAAGGAAAACACCUUAACGAAGCAAAUUUCGUUUGGUCCAGAAAGUGACAUUCAAGUAUACAUGCCACUGGGACCUGAAUAUGAUAAUUUUACUAUGGAGGUUAUGGCCAAAGUUUUUGACAGUUACGGAGCCUACGCUACUGUAUCCCUAGGAGAAGUCAGAGUUCUCCCAAUGUCAUCCGAGAAACUUGACGCCUUACUCCAAGACUUAACAACAGGCAGUGUCGACAUGAUUGAAGAUGCAAUGGCCAACGGCGAUUUACAGGAGACGAACACUGUGUUCAGCACAAUGGCUUCAGCAUUGAACAGCGCGAGUAAGCAGGUUGAUCAAGCAAUGUAUGCGAACAAAUCUGAAAGAACACCAACUGGUUAUGGCAAAGACUAUGAAUAUCGGGUACCUGAAGAAAUUGUCCAGAUGUCAGAGGCAGAUUAUCAAGCCGAACAAGCCAAUAAAUUUGACAGCCCGGUAGAACAACAACGGAAUUUAAGGGCAAAGGGUCGAGCAAAAAUGGCUGAAGCUUUGAACACCGUCACGGUGUCAACCAUCUCUGGUAUCCAACUGACCGCUAGCACUUUAUCCACUGUUUGCAAAUACACUGAAGAGUGCGGCAGAGACGCACAGAAAGCUGUUUCACAAAAUAUCGUGAAGAUGUCAGACACACUGAAGAACCUUGGAUCGGAAACGCCCCUCAAAAUGGCCGCAUCUAUCUAUCUAUCUAUCUAUCUAUCUAUCUAUCUAUCUAUCUAUCUAUAUACGUACCUUCCAUACCCAUCAAAAUGGCCGCAUCUAUCUAUCUAUCUAUCUAUCUAUCUAUCUAUCUAUCUAUCUAUCUAUCUAAGCUGUCAUAGUAUAGAUAUCUUAAAAACAUUAUUCUUUUCUUUUUUACAAAACAAGAAAUGGAGGCAUGAAAUUAAUGCUUUUUUGAUAUUUCAGGCCACGAAUUACCACAUCAAAGACCCUUUGAUUGAGGACAUGGAGAAUGUCGCCGAUACAAUGGUGUACGACACUGACCUGGACAGUUCACAAGGAUCAAUAUCUUCGGGAGAUCCUGCCAAAGGGAUUAAUGAACUUAAAUAUCUGGCCAACAAAGAACAGCAAACGAAGGAGGCUCUUAAAGAAUCAAAGAAAAUCAUGGGUUCGAUGGGGGCUGUGACAAAAACGUUAUCAAGUUCUUUAGUGCCAGGUGAAGACCCAAUGAAUAUGGUUACGCCCAAAAUAGCUGUCAGCAUAGCCAAGUCUUCGGCCAAUGAUCUGAGCAACAAAAAAAUGGGAGAAGGACGUGGUGGUUUUAAACUUCCAGAUUGGUGCAGUAUGAAAGGAGGAAAUUGUGACCCCGACGAAGUUGUCGCCCUUGAGGUAAUGGCAACACCAGGCAACAUUUUCAGUUUUGCUGAAAACAAAGCCGUGUCGGAUUCCUCUGGAACUAUGUCCAUUAACUACAUGUCCAAUGACCAAUCGGAUAUUUCGAUAUCUGGAACGAAGGAACCAAUCGAAAUUGUCAUUCCAAGGGACCAAACAUUCAAGGCACCACCGCCUACUGAGAUACAACCUGUCUUGUUGUACAAUGAAACGUUAUUCUUCCACACAUUUUGGGCAAAUAAUACCAAUUCAUCUCUUCAUAUUGAGAUCAAGCCAAACAACGCCAGCGCUCAACUUUUGGUAUUUGUACGAAUGAAUCUGAUGCCGAAUAUAACCACAGGGCAAUGGGACCAUGUUCAGAUGGUGCCAACAAGUAUGGAAAUGGCCGAAAAUUACACGGAUGGAGAUUGGCCUAACCCUUAUAUGGUAUUUGUAAGUGAUGAGGUUGUCGGCAAUCAGACCGGUAAAGUAUAUGUCGGGGUGAGGCAGUUAGAGGCUGAUGAGAUCGAUAUGUAUUAUCCUAAUUCGACUAUUCCCAAUUUCGAACCAAAGACCGGAAACUUCACAACUAAUUAUACGCUGCGCACAUUCACUUCCGGUUGCCUAUAUUUUAAGGAAAGCGUUUCAGACUGGGUAACAGACGGAUGUCACGUCGGGAGUGAGACCGAUAUAAUGCGCACGCAAUGUUUCUGCAAUCACAUGACAGCUUUCUCCGCCGGACUCAUGGUCGCGCCCAACGCCAUCGAUUGGGACCGCGUCCUCAACAACGCCAGUUUUGCGGAGAACCCAACUCUUUACAUCACACAAAUAGUAAUCCUCGUCGUCUACAUCGGCUUCGCUGCCUGGUCACGUUGGCAAGACAAGAAAGACGUCGAAAAGUUGGGGCUAACUCCCCUGAAGUGCAAUGACUCCAACAGCAAAUAUUACUAUGAAAUAAUGGUUGUUACAGGUAUGAGGAAAGACUGGGCAAAACAUCAAAGUUCACCCGGUGCUUCUAUGGUGCCUGAAACCGAUAUGACAGAGGAGGCCAGUCUCGGGUGUUGA